AUGUUAUUUUUUAAGUUUAUAUUAGUAAGUUUAUUUAUUUGUGUUCAUCCAAAAGCAUUAUGUAAUUUAAUUAUCCACCCAUCUUUAGCUGAUUUUUUUGUUGAAAAUUUUAGAGAUAACGUUUAUAUAUCAUCUAAUAAUGUUAUAAAUAAAAAACUUUCAUCUCCAUAUUGCUCAAGUUGUGAUGACUUAGAUUGCCAUAAUAUAAAUAAGGAUAAUACUGAAAAUGAAAAAAAAGUUACAAAAAAAAAAGAAAGAUGUGAUGAGGAAGAACAAGUAAAAUAUAUAUAUUUACAUACAAAUCCCUUUUUUACUACUAUUAAAGAAGAAACAAUGAAUAAAGUUAAAAAGGAAAAAGAAAAUAAUGAAAAGCAUAACAUAUUUUAUAAAUUCUUUCAUUUUUUAUUAGAUACUUUUUCUUUUUUUACAAAAACUGAUAACCAAAUAAAGAAUUCUAAAAAAUUAUAUUCUUAUUUUAUUGAUAAAAAUAAAACAAAUAUAUUAAAUAACUCUACUGAUUUAACUAACAGUAAUAAUAAAUAUAAAAUUAAAGGUUUAUAUAUGGGAGAAAACCUAGGUGAUAUGAGAAGUUUAUCUUUCCUAUCACCAUUAUCUUUAGCAAUAGAUGAAAUAAAUUUUAAUCAAAUUUUUAAACAUGCCUGGGAUAACUCUUAUUCUAAUUAUAUAUAUUUAAAAAAUUCUAAUAGUUAUACCGAUAAAAGAAAUAAUAAUAUAGAAAAACGUAACUUAAUUAAAGAAAAGAAUUCCAUUUAUAAAGAAAAUUCUGAAAAUAUAAAUAAAAAAAACAUUCAAGAAGAUGAAUACAAUUAUGACGAAGAUGAGGAUGAAAAUAACAAUGAUAAUAGUGAUAGUAUACAUUUGAAGAAAUCAUUUAAUCUUAUUAAUAACAACAAUUUAUUAUUAAGGUAUAUUAUGAGAUAUAACGAAGAUUUAGAAUAUUUCAAAAUCUUUAAAAAAAUAGAGAAUGAAAUUAGCUUAAAUACUGCUAGCAGUAUUUUAAAAAAAUUAAAUAUAGAAAUAAAAAAUAAUUUUGACGAAGUUUUUAAAAACAACAAAAAUUUAAAUAUAGGAAUUUGUACAAGAGAUAAAGAGAAAAACAGUUCUUUAUCAAUAAAAAGAAUUAAUUUAAAAUUACGAACACUGGAUAGUUUACUUUGGAAAAAGAAAAAAAAUAAUAGUAAUUAUAUUUUUGGUUGCGUAUUUUUUCAUUCUAUUGAAAAUUCUGAAUUAAUAUUUAAUUUAAAAAAACGUAUAAACCCCAAUGAUAAUCACACACAAUAUAAUAAUUAUUCAUAUGUUAAUUACAAUGGGGAAUUUAGUAAAAAUUAUAAAAAAGACAAAUUAUUAUUCAUCAAUAAAAAAAAUAAUGAAAGCAUGAAAGUUUCUGGUAAUGUAAUAUAUGAAGAAUGGAAAAAAUUUAACUCAAAUAAAUCAAAAUUGAUGAUGCUUUCUACAAAUAUUUUAAGUAAUUUAAAAAAAUAUAAAGAUUAUAAUUAUAGUAAAAACAUUUAUAAAUUACAAAUAGAUUACAACGGUGUUUGUAAAAAUGUUGUUUUUAUUUAUAAAUAUCACAAGAAGAUGUUUUUGGAUUUUUUAUUUCAGAUGGAUGUAUGUUACAAUAAUAAUUAUAUAAAUAAAAAUAUACAUUUUAAUUAUAUAAACACUAGCAUAAGAGCAAAUUUUAUUUUAAAAGGUAUGUGGAAUUAUGGCAUUUUAAAAAAUAUAAUAAAUAUAGAAAUAUAUAACAAUAGUUUAAAAAAAAAAAAUAAUAAUAACAAUAGUAGUAGUAGUUGUAGAAGUAAUAAUAAUAAUAAUAAUAAUAAUAAUGAUAUUAAUAAUGAUAAUAAUAAUAAUAAUGAUAUUAAUAAUGAAAACGGUGAUAAUAAGUACAAUUUUGAUCACUCAAAACAAAGUCAUUUCCAUGAAAAUUUUUAUAUUUAUAAUGAUUUAUAUGAUUUAAAAUCAGUUGACUAUCAAAAAGAAAAAAUAAUAGAUGAUAAUUUGAGAUUUAAUGAAAAAGGAAAAAUCUACAUGUAUGAGAAAGUCUUAAAUAGUAAAAUACAAUCAUCUGAACGAUUUAAAAGAAUGAAAUUAUUAAACAUUCAAAAUAAUACACUAGAAGAAAAAAAAGAACAUACAUUUUUAAUAAAUAAAAGUAUUAAAGAAAGUAAUGAUAUUUUAUUAUUAUCCAAAAAAGGAUAUAUAGAAUUUGAAACUCCAGUGGUAUUAACUGAAUUAUUUAUUGGAUUUCAUUAUAAUCCUUUAUAUGAAUUUUUAUGCAAAAAAAAUAAAUCUAAACUGAGUUCUAGUGUUAAUUUAAGUUAUUAUGAAAAUGAGAAAUCUGAAUACUUAAAUGAAUAUGUUAAUAAGAUUUAUUGCAGUUAUAAGAGGCCCUAUCAUAUAUAUAUUUUCUUUAAUUUUUUUUUAAAUAAUAAUAAAAAAUACAAUAUAAAAUUAGAAAUGCAUAUUGAUUAUUUAAAAAAUUUUAGAAGUAGUGAAGAUGUUCCUUUUCAACACUUAAAUGUAUUGAAUUAUUUAAAAAGUAAUAUUAAUUAUUAUAGAAUUAAUAAAAUUGAAAUUGAAUAUUCUUUUUUCCCUUUUUCACAAGGAAACGAGUUUUUUGAUCAUUCCACCUUACCUUUCUAUAUAUCUAUAAAUAAUCUUAUAAUAAAUCAAAGUAAAAAAGUAUAUAAUUACGUACCUAUUUUUUAUACAAACAAAAUCAAUUUUUUACAAGUUAUAAGCAGAAAUGCAAAAAAUAAAAGAAAAAAGAAAAGUGAUAAAAUCAAAGAUACAGAGAACAUAAAAAAGGAAAACAAUUCCUACAUUUCAGAAGAAAAAAUAAAGAAAGAAAAUAACGAAAAUGAAGGAAAAUACAAGAUAAAAGAUGAACUAUAUUCAACUAAUUUUCCUAAAUUAUUUCAAAAUGAACACUUUAGAGAAAAAAAAUACUGCUACUCUAUAGGGAAUAGUAAAAAUAAAUAUAAAAGCAAUUACAUUAAUUUUAAUUCUUUUUCUAUAUUUACUUCUAUAAAUGAAAAAAUAUUUCUGAAACACUUAAUGCAAUACAGCUGCACUAACAGUAAUUGUACAUAUGAAGAAAAUACCAUGGAUUUUCUUUUAAACAAUUUAAAAAAAAAGCAUAAAAAAAAAAAAAAAAAUUUAAAUAACAAAAGAGAAGAAAACUUCUAUAUGCAUAACCAUUUAAGUUUUGAAUUUGAACCUAUUUUAAUAAAUCCAUUUUUUGAAACAAAAAAGAAUACAAAAGAAGAAAAGCUAAGUGAAAUCCAAAAUGAGUAUUUCAAUUUUUUAAAAACAGAUUUGUCUAAAUACCUAAAAGAAGAUACUAAAAACAUAGUAGCAUAUAAUAUGAAAAAAUUGUAUACAUUUGAAUUUAUAAACGAAAAUUAUGUUAUUCCUCCUUAUAAUAAAGGUAUUUUCAUAAACUUUGAAAUAAAAAAUGAAAAGAUAUUUCUUGAUCCUUAUAAUAAAUUUUCUUAUAUUAAGCAAGAAUUAAAAGAAAAUUUUUAUAAUGAUACAAGAAAGGUGUUUGAUAUAAUUUAUAUAUAUUCUGCAUUACUUCCAGCAGAAAGUGAUUUAUUUGAUUUUAAUUAUUUAACAAAAAAUAAAUUAACAUUAAAAAGAAUUCAAAGUGAAAACGCUAAGACGAUGUUUAAAAAUAUAAUCCCUUUUACAAGAUACGAAGACUUCUAUGAUUUCAACCAAGAAUAUUCGCAAAAAAUAUUUAACUUCAAUACUUUAGAUUUUAAAAACAAUUCUUUAAAUAAUGAAUUAAUUGACUUAACUAUUGAUAAUACCUUAAAUAAAACAAAAAUUAUAGAAUUCAUACAAAGCAAGCUACAAAAUGCUCUACAACUUAAUUCGGAAGAAAAAAAAACUUGA